AUGCCUAAACGAUCCAGACAACUAGACACUCCUGCAGAGUCGCAUGAGAACGAUAAACAGACAUUCAGUAUUUCAAAGUCUUGUAAAACUAAUUCAGACUUUGAUUUUUUCGACCUUGGAAAAAAGUCUGUUUCUAGGACAAGGCCAACUGCAUUGGAGAAUGUCGAUUCCACUGCAGAACAACGAAAGCGGGCUAUUUUACUGGAUUUGGACAAUGAUUCAGAAGAUGGCGAUAUUCUUCAACCAUCCAAUUUAAUUGAAUCUACUUCAUCACCCGGUCGUAUAAAGGAUGCUAAAGACUCGAGUGCAUCAAGUCUGUCAAAGUCACAGCAGAUUCGGGACGUUUCUCUGACUCCUCCACCUAUGGAUUUGUCUGCAGAAUCACAAGCAAGUCUUGAUGAAAUCAGACGAAAUUUAUGGAGUUUUCAGCAAAGUUUAGGCCGCGAAGUCGAUGUGGAUGUGGAUGAGGAUGACAGAUUCGAAGAACCAUUUGUACAUGUAUCUCAUAUUGUUGGAGCGGGAUCAUCCGCUACCACGCAUAGUUCCAAUAAAGUAGCAGAGCAACCUGAUUUCAACAUCACGGUCAAGAUCGAGCAUCAUGUAUGGCCACAUGCAGACACUCCAUCUCUUUUCAAACCAUUCAAGAUCAAGGUUUCAAAGAACCAUCGUGUCCAACAGCUAUUGAAUGUAAUUGCACAUCGUUCUGGCAUUUCAGAGCUAGAUCUGGUUCUUUCACACCACAAUGUCAAACUGUUUCCAUUGUCGUAUAUUUCAGAAAGUGGUGUCCACGACGGUGAUACUCUGGUGUCUUAUACUAGCCAUCAGUUUACACAAAUGCUUAACGAUUCGCCCAAAAGAUCUAUUUUGAAUCGGCUAUCUGUAGACAGUCCAGAAAAAAGCAAAGAGGAUCAAGUUCUUGGCGAACAUACAUUUGUGAUUCAGAUUCGACAAGCAACUGGCAUCACAAAAGUAAGAGUUGGUCAGAAAACAACCUUUUUUCAAAUUUCCGAAAAGUUGGACAUGCCCGACAUACAAUUCGAGUUUGAUGGCGAGCGUUUGGAUAAAUCAAGUAGUAUUGAGGAGAUUGAGUUUGUAUCGUCAUUUGGAAGUAAGCUAGUGACCACACUCAGCGAAGCCAAUGCAUCUUUGGAUGCACAGAGGGAUGAAUAUCUAAAGGCUCGAAAGGAAAAGGACGGAGGAGACUUUAAAGAAACCCCUGCAGAUGCACUCCAGUUGAGUCCGCUUCCUAUGCCAUUAUUGUCGAAUACGUUGCUGGGAGCAUCAAAAGGAAAUGGUGUUGAAUCUGCCUUGGAUGGACAGAACAAGUCAGUCACAACACUUUGGACAGCCUCGGCAGACCCAAACAGUCUACACUCUCAGUCCAGGGAUGUUGACAAUGAAGGGCAACGUUCAUCUGACAAGAAAGGCAUUGUUGAUCCAUCUGAGUCAACCAACGACACUGGUGCUGCCGCACCAUCUGGAUUUUUUGGAUGGAACCGAUGGAGUAAUGCAACUGCUACAUCACUUGUAUCGACAGUCUCAGCACACCCCAGUCCAACUAUAACACCAUCAUGGACUAAUGUCCCAAAUGCUGAUUCACUUCAAAAAGACAUCUUUCUUCUUUCCAAGGAAAAAAGAAACUUUUUGACACCUCUACCAGAAGGCACAGACUUUGUAUUUAAAAUGGAUGUUUUUUACGAGGAUGCUAUGUGGAUGCUCAAGGAAGAUCCUGAUUUACAAAAGAUGCGGUUUGACCUUGUUCCUAAAGUCAUCAACGACAAUGAUUUUUGGAAAAACUAUUUUUAUCGGGUAAACAUGUUGAAGCAACAAGCUAUUUUAGCCAAUCCACAGUUUGUAAGCAACGUGGACUCGUCAGAAUUCCAACCAUCUGUUGAUGUAAAAAACCCUGUAGUGGAAAAUCUUCCUGUUGAGACGACCGCAUCCCAUUCUGAUCAUUUGGAAACUGGAGACCCAAUUAUGUCAGGCACUGCACCAUUAGAUAUUGAGCAAUUGAUAUCAAGUACACUAGAGCCUGUUCAAAAGACUAAUCCAGAGCUGGUGGCGAAGCAAGAGACGGAUUAUGACAUGGGUUCUGUGGCCGAUACUAUAGCUGACGACGAAGGUGAUUUGAUCGAGCCUGAUUAUGGUAGCGAUUGGGAAAAAGAGUUGCAAGCAGAGCUUGGGUUGUAGCAUUUGAUCCAGAAAUAGAUUCUCGUUCACUUGUAAUGAAUUAAAUUAGUAUUUAGCCUACCGAGAUCAUAUUUACAGCAGUAUUCACGUAAAAUGGAAGACUUGUCAAUGACUUUUUAUUUUGAAAUAAACAGUAUUUAAAUAUUUAUU